UCACACGUGUGCUCUUCAACCUUGCCAAUAUGGAAAUUCUAAACCUAUCUGGCAACCAGCUGACGGUAAUACCUGAUGACGUGGGAAAACUGGAGAACUUAAAAGUUUUGAAAAUAUGCAGAAACAAAAUCAAAGUACUGCCAGACAAGAUCAGUGCUUGCUCCAAACUUCUUUACUUCUCUGUGAACCAAAAUCUUCUUUCCAAGCUCCCCAGGACCAUUGGGGCAUUGACUUGUCUUGUGGAACUGCAUAUCAGUGGAAAUCAGAUUGAGACACUACCAAAAGGAAUCAAUUCUUUAAAGAGACUGUCUGUGUUGGGGUGUGCAGAGAAUCUUUUGGUUCAAUUCCUUGUUGAUGGACUCAGUCUGUGUGAAUUAACCAAUGUUGAUCUCAGUUGCAAUCAUCUCCGUGCCUUUCCCUCUGAGUUGUAUUCAAUGCAUUCUUUACAAUGUCUGAACAUGAGUAAGAAUUUCAUAUCAAAGCUUCCUCCAGACGUUGGUGAAAUGUGCACUCUACAGCACCUCAACCUCAGUGAAAACCAUUUCAACUCUCUACCGAAGUGCCUCUAUCAGCUUGACAAACUUACUCAUUUGGAUCUUAGUGGCAAUGCCCUUCAAGGCCUCCCAGAGGGAAUCACUGGUCUCAAAAGUAUCCAGGUCUUACUACUGCACAAUAACCAGCUGAAGGAGCUCCCACCUGACCUGUGCUUUCUGAAGACCUUGAAGAGGCUGAAUCUGUCAGAAAACCAGAUCAGAAACAUCUCCUCUAACAUCAGGUGUCUAAAAGACCUCAGAGAACUCAAUCUUUCCAGUAACCAGUUCAUCUCAUUUCCUGAAGCAAUAUGUGACAUCAGAUGCCUUCAGAGACUAUCCAUAAGUAACAAAAUAGGCAACAAGUUCACCUCACUCCCUGAGUCUCUACACAAAUUCCAAAAUCUAAAGGAACUGGAUUUUUCAGACAACGAAGUAAAGGAUAUUCCAGAAGCUUUGGGCGACCUGAGGCGUCUCACUAAGCUCAUUGGCAGGAAUAACUUGCUGACAUGUCUACCUCAGUUUGUGAUCUCCCUGCAAAACCUGCAGCACAUUGACCUGCAAGGCAACUUGUUGCAGGGGCUUCCAUCUAACCUGGCUCAGAUGAAAUCUUUGAAGCUGUUAAAGUUGGAGGGUAACCCUCUUACAGGCCCUCCCAAAGAGACCUAUGACGGACAGCAGGCAUUGCCAAUUGGAUGUUACCUCAGUUGUGAGCUUACGUGGAAUGAGCACAUAUUGCAAAAAAUGUUUCGAUUUCUGGCAAAUAAUGUUCCAGAGGUGGACUUUAAACAUUUCUGUGAGAGGCUUCAUGUUCCUCCUGAGUUGAUACUGACACAAGAGAAUAAAAGUAAGCAGCUGCUUUUAAAACAUCAAUUGGAGUGGAGGGUCUCCAAACCUGAUUUGAGAAGUGAUCUGGGGUCAGCCAGCUUCUCCAUCAAAGAAAAGACCAUGGCGGCUUUGAACCUGUGGAGGGAUGUAUUUUACCCUGCUGCAAAGCCUGCGGUCAUAGCAGACCAGUUAGUCAGGGGGCUGGUCCUAGCAGGGUUUCAUAGUCUUUCUGCCCAAGUGCAGGCCAUAAAGAUCUACGCCAAAGCUAUACGUCUGUGAAGGCUAUUGUCUAGAGAACACAUUCAACUGAGUGCUGAUUGAUCAUCAUCACCUUGUCAGUUACAUGUUAUACAGUAUACCACUUCAUAUAAAACGAAGAAUGUA